AUGGCAUUCGAGCAAUACACCGUCAAAAUUCCGGGCCGCGUCCCAGACGAGCUUGCAUGGCUUGCCAAUUUCAACUUUGAGGGACCAGAAACGGGCUCGGAACCUCCUGAAAAACGGAGAAGAAUUGAUAAGAAACGGCCCUGUAUUGAUUUGCAAUAUGCCGCGGAUAUCUUACCCCAGUAUAUCGCAAUUGGUAAAAUCGAAAUGCUACUUGAAUUCAGCAAACCACCACUCAACCCUCCUUCAUGUAAUGAUCAUGAUAUAGAUAUACCCGUAGUUGCACUGAUUAGAAACCCGCAUCAUACCAGACCGGGUGUGAAUUUGACCUUGUGGACAAGCGCACACGAAAUAAUUCUGGAAGAAGCUGAAGGUCUCGACUCUCGACCAGAGAAUUGUCUUGUAGAUGCUCUAUGGACAUCCGUUUCAAAGUCGACUUCUAUAUACUGCGCUCACGGGAAGCUCCCUGCUGUUUAUUCACAAACUCAUUUAAAAAGAGGUCCCGGUUCUCAUACCCGAUCUUACGUCCUUGAGACAAGGAUACUAUGGAUAGAUUCCGCUGAAGUACGAUAUAUGAUACCAGACUUUGCUUCGAGAGCACUUUGGCAGUACUACAAGACGCAGUUUGAUAUACCUGAUGAUGCAACAUACCCUCCACACCCACUCCCAAAGAAAUACCCUCAAAUAGAGCAGCCACAGCUAAGCCUAAGUGACUUUUACGACAAUGUCCAUGUCCCUCGGUCAGAGCAACACGUACCCCAGGUCGAGGGAUCGAGCCUGAUGAAGUGUACUUUGUUCCCAUUCCAGAAAAGAACUGUCAGCUGGUUACUGGCACGAGAAGGCAUGGAGAUAUUGCCUGACGGAACCUUAAGUCACCGGGAAUUUCCUGACGAAAUUCCACUAUCUUUCAAUAAAGUUCUGGAUGCGGACGGCCAGCAAUGCUAUAUAAGCCUACUCUUCAGAGUAGUGAUCAGGAACCUUUCAUCCUGGAACCAUACGGAAAGACACUUGAGAGGAGGCAUCCUUGCCGAAGAGAUGGGAUUGGGGAAAACCGUGGAAAUGCUUUCCCUGAUAUGUGCUCACCAGCGGCCUGAUCAGGGUGAUCGAUUUUAUCCUCCUACCCCCGCCGGGUUGCUAGAAUCUAGAGCAACACUGAUAAUAACGCCCCCUUCAAUCUUGAAGCAGUGGGAACAAGAGAUUGCCAUCCAUGCCCCAGGUCUCCGAGUGAAACAUUACACCGGACUAAAAAAGAGCAAGAUGGAUGACAAGGAACUGACCCGCGAUCUGGCUUCCUAUGAUAUAGUCCUGAUGACUUAUUCGGUUAUGAACACAGAAAUAUAUUACGCAGAAGACCCUCCCGACCGGUCCUCCCGUCACACUAAAAGGGUCCCGACAAGAAAGUCUCCUUUGGUACAAAUAUCCUGGUGGCGAGUUUGUAUUGAUGAAGCUCAGAUGGUUGAAUCACAGACUAGCAAACCCGCUCGGGUUGCUAGGAUUAUUCCACGAUGCAACGCAUGGGCUAUGACUGGUACCCCAUUGCGAAAGGAUAUCGAAGAUAUAUAUGGGCUACUGUCAUUCUUACACUAUGAACCUUUCUGUCUCUCAGCGAGCAUCUGGAAAAGAGUCUGCACAUACCCUCCCGUUUUCAAAUCGAUGAUUCGAAAGAUUGCCCUUAGACAUAACAAAGACAUUGUCUCCCAUGAGCUUCGACUGCCGAAACAAAAGAGAGUCGUCAUCACCAUUCCAUUUACUGCCGUGGAGGAACAGCAUUAUGAUCAGCUUUUCCAACAAAUGUGCGAUGACUGUGAAUUAGAUAGAUCUGGCACUCCUAGGUCGUUCGAAUGGGAUCCUCAGUUAUUACAACCCCAGACAGGGAUGGUCAUCAGUAAGAUGAAGUCGUGGCUAUCAAAACUUAGGCAAGCCUGUCUUCAGCCUAAAGUUGACGUAGCCGCGGCGCGAACCCUUGGAACCAGCGGACCGCUUCGAUCCGUCGCUGACGUACUUGCGGUUAUGAUUGACCAAAACGAAACCAAGAUACGUGCUGAGGAACGUACUCUUCUCAUUUCCCAGAUCCGAAGAGGUCAGAUAAUGGAAAAUGCCUUGAAGCCAAAAGAGUCCUUGAAAAUCUGGAAAGACGCAGCGAAGAGAUCAGGUUUAAUAGUCCAGGGGUGUCGAGAUCAACUCGAUGAAGAGCUCAAAAGACGAGCUGAACUAGCAAAAGAAAGUGUGACGAAAAGAGAACUUCAUGGUGAUGACAAUGAAGAAGACGAAUAUAGCGAGGAUGAUGAAUCAGAGAAUGAACAGCUUAACAAACUAGGAGUACUUCGGAAUAGGCUUCGGACUGCCCUUGACGCUGAACAUAUGUGUGAAUUUUUCAUGGCCAAUGCCUAUUAUCAGAUCAAAACGGACCCCAAGAUUACAGAGCCUGACUCCGACGACUUUCGUGAAUUAGAGAAACAGGAGGAAAACGGGUACGAGACUGCAAAAUUGAUCAGAAGGGAAAUGCUUGCGGAUACGAUUCAAAUGGUCAAUGGACAAAUCAACCGCCUCAAAGCCAAAGUGAAUAAAGAUGGAGUAUUCCAUGUUCCUGGUAUGUCCACGACCCUAGACUCUAUUGGCAUAGAAAGUCGGCGUUUGCUGGACCAGGUUGAAGAUUUCUGCGAUUCUAUGAAACCUCAUACCGAUACAUUCAACAAAUGGUUGGAUCAUAUGGCAAACCUGCUUUUACAAGCGCUGGUCGAUGAAGAAGAAGGAUCUGAGCUGAAAGGAGACGAGUAUGAAUCGUCAACGAAGCACCAGGACGAAAUGUACGUUUACAUGGAAGGCCUUCGAGUAAUGUUUGCAAGACAUUUCGCAGCGAUUACGGGCCAAGUGAAUAAUUUGAUUACCCACGAGGUUGGAGUUGCCAUGGAGAGAGCAAGAAUGGGUGAAGGCCCAGCUCCGGAGCUAUACAUUUCUCUGAUAAAUAAGUGCGAGGAAUUGAAACUGCCCUGUGGACAGCUUUCAUUGCGAGGACUUGUGAAUGAGCUUCGCAACUUGGCUGUAUCUUUGGAACGGCAAGAGAUACAGGGCAGCUCCAGAGCUCAUGCAGAACAUUCAAUCGUGAACGACAUACUCCGUCAAGUGAGCAAACUGUUCUCAGUCCAGUCAAAAGCAAUUCCUCCCUUGGAAAAGCAAAUGGAGCUUUUCAGAAGCGUUAUGAAUAAGAGGCUUGAAUAUUACCGCCAGCUUCAACAGAUAUCCGAUACAGUUGCGCCAUAUGACGAAGAGCAAAAGGGUAAUCCCGUGAAUCAAGAGGACUUCGACUCGAAGCUGGAAGUUGAAAAGCAGAUUGAUUCCAAGCUAUCCUCAUUAAAAGCCAAACACCGAUAUCUUCUACAUCUCCGUGAUGAAUCUGGGGCUGAUGAAACCACAAGAGUCUGCGUCAUCUGUGAUUCUGCCUUCGAUAUUGGCGUGUUGACUAUAUGCGGUCACAAAUUUUGCAAGGAUUGCAUACGGCAUUGGUGGCGUCAAAGCCAAAGCUGUCCCGUAUGCAAGAGCCGUUUAAAAAUGAGAGACUUCCAUGAGAUUACCUACAAACCGCAGGAAAUUGUUGCUCAGGAAGAGAAUGCACCUAGUACAGAACUAGGAAACCCGCAGAAGAAUCCUAUAUAUUCUGAUAUAAGCUCAAAAGUGCUGGAAGAAAUCCAGAAUAUUGAUCUUCCUGGGUCUUACGGAACGAAGAUUGAUACUCUCUGUCGGCACUUGCUAUGGCUACGACAGCAUGACCCGGGAGCUAAAUCUAUUGUCUUUUCACAGAAUAAAAGCUUUUUGUCCACACUACGCCUGGUAUUUUACCGAUUCAAAAUUGGGCAUUCAAGUAUUGAUGAGCAAUCUGGUAUCGAAAGGUUUAAAGAAGACCAUACCAAAGAGUGCUUCCUCCUUCAUGCAAAGGCCCAUGCAUCCGGCCUCAAUCUAGUUAACGCAACCCACGUCUUUCUUUGCGAGCCGCUGAUCAACACCGCCAUUGAACUCCAAGCCAUAGCUCGCGUUCAUCGUAUUGGCCAGCAUCAAGACACAACAGUCUGGAUGUAUCUGGUUGCUAACACGGUUGAGGAGACCAUUUAUCAAAUUUCCGUGGCUCGUCGGCUCGCUCAUACUGCACGUAGACGCGAAGAGAGCUUGAAGAAAAAGGAAACCCAAAGUUAUAUGUCGUCCAGCUUUAUAUCGGAAAGCCACGAGGACCUGGAGAGAAAUAGCCAUUCAAACUUAAACGGCACGGGUCUUAACCAUCUAAUGAGCCUUCGACACCUGGAUGAAAAUACCCUUGAGUCCGCAAAUUCCCAUGAGAUGGAAGAUGUGACACCAGGAAAUUUGCUUUCCGGGCCGGGCGGUGACGGUGAGAUGGUUCGAGACUCGGACGUUUGGCAGUGCUUGUUUAGCAACCAGAAGAGAAACGGCACAGUCUCAAGUGAAGUUGUAGAUACUGAAACUAUGGAUGACGUUGAGGAUGAUGUCGGUCGUGUGCUGAGAGCUACAGCAGCCGAGACCCGACGACUGAACGGUACAAUGCCCUAA